AGACUUGGAAACUGUAAAGAUCAGAAACAGGAAAAUAUUGAACGCGAGAGUGGGUUAGAGGGAAAGGUUGUCGAUGUACCGUCAGAAUCCUUGCUCGAUGGUUCACCUCCGCAGCGGGUUCUUCAACCACAAAUUUUGCCAAGCAAUGAUCAUAGAGUCCUUAUAUCCAAAAAUGAUGGGACCAUACUUUACGAUCUAUUUCAUAUCGAAGGGCCUCCCAAUUCCAAAUGGAACAAGAUUAUAUAUCGCAUAUUCUGUGACGAAAUACAUCUGAUGGAAUACGAUAUGGCCUCAGAGCAACUAUUCAUUGGGUUCGCCGACUCGAUCAGCCUUUGUCAUCUUCAUGACACCAGUAUACCAACUGGCAAGAGUGAUCGCUUCCUGCAGUGUGGUUAUCGUGUUGCUGGAGCUGGGUUUUUGAUGUCCGGAUCUAGAUGCAUUGUCACCCUACCAGAGGCUCGACUAAU